UACCAGCAAAACUUCGACGAUGUACCGCGCUACUUGUUCCGGAUCUUCACUCCAAACAUCACUGGCGCCAUCAACACGUCCUGGGUCAGGUCCACUGCUGCUAUCUACGCCCGCAGUGAAAGCAGAGUAGACGUUUUCGACAGGAAUGAUGAUCCACGAGUAGCAAGCAUGAUCAACGGUCACCUCCGCUGGCGGAGAGACUGGGAUGACAAUCUCGUAACUUGGACGAGCUCACUGUUGUACGCUUUGGUGUACAUUUUCUACCGCCAUGCUACGGACGGAUUCAACUUUGACAACAUCUGCUUGGGUAUUCUGGACACGACAAGCUUCCCCAAAGGAACAUUCAUCCGGGAUAUGGAUCUGAUCCGGACCUACAGCCCACUCAACGAGCGGCUUGCCAACCUGGAGAAGCUACGGGAUAAACAACACCGUGAAUUCAAGGGAAAGUUCUAUUUCGGAGAGUAUCUGUCGCAAGGAGCACUGAGAAUUGAGGACAAAUGCGCAGUUGUCUCGGCUCGGGCACUUAUCGCUAGUGGCCUUUACGACAUCCUGCCCGAGUUCGAGGUACUGGCGCAACGGCCAUUGUCUCCGAAUCCCGAAUGGGCAAACCAAGUGAUUCGCCAUCGCGAGGCUUUCUACUCGGAAGAGCCUGGAUGCCAGAAAGUGAGCUCGGAAGAGAUUCAGGCAGCGAUGCAGAUUGGGGAACUUUUUGGUCCGCCUUGGAGGUUGCCACUGGCUAUCAACCUCAUGGCACUGGUACCUCGCCUGCCGGAUGAUCGCACAAUCCUACAAGCUUUUCAGGCCUUUAAUUUCACGGGU